UGCCUUGAACUCCACUCAAAACUACAACCCCUCUCUCUCUCUCUCUCUCUCUCUCUCUCUCUCUCUGUGUGUGUGGAACUAUUAUAUAAUUCUUUGGCACAAUAUCCUUUGCUGAUCUGAGGUUUUGGCAUGGGUGGGGGCAAAGGUGUGGGGAGCUGAGAGAAGGAAUGGAUGCUGGAGGAAGUAGGGUGAGGAAGGAGUACUGGUUAUAUAUUGUAGAAAGAGAGAGUCGAAAGUAGAGGAAAAGGUGGACUUUUUAAGCAUGUCAGAUCAGUGCACCCAAGCAGAGUUCAAGGCAGAGGGAUGAGCUGCAGGUUCUCUUUCUGUGUUGGGAUGAGAGCUCUUCAGCUUCCACCAGUAAGAUAAAAGAUGAAGAAAGAAGAGAGUCUGCAUGCGGCAAGUGAGGCAUCUUAAUGAGUGUGAAGAUUAAGAGGAUGGCUUCAUGAUGAUGUGCAGAGGUUGAUGAAUUGCCUUAUCUGGGGAUCAUGUCCUGUCAAGGAAGCUGCUGCCUUCGCAGAUGUCCUUUUAAAGCAGAGCGAUGCCAAGCCCACCAAUCUCUCUCUCUCCGCAACUGCUACUGCCACUGCCGCUGCUCUCCUCUCCUCCACACUCCAUCAGGUACUUCUCCUCUACCUCUCACGCCUCCCGCUCCUCCUCCCCCUCCUCCCACCGCCUGCUGAGGAGGCCUUAGAUAUGCUCAGUUCACUCAAGUCCCAUGAAGAGGGCGAUCAAGAACACCACCGCCACUCCAAUCCCCUCCACCCUAACCCCCAGCAUGGCCAGAUCUCUCCCUCCGCCCAAGCGCGCCAGCUCCUGCUCAGCUGCGCCGAGCUCGCCCACCGCGGCGACCUCCCCGCGGCGCAGCGCACUGCCUCUCUCCUCUUGGCCACUGCCUCUCCCUAUGGCGACUCCACCGACCGCCUCGUCCACCAAUUCGCCCGCGCCCUCUCCCUCCGCGUCGAGCGUCUCCUCCCCCCCGUCGUCGACGCUGCGUCCCCGGAGGCCCUCCAGUCGUCCUACCUCUCCUUCAACCAGAUCACCCCCUUCCUCCGGUUCGCGCACCUUACCGCCAACCAGGCCAUCCUUGAGGCGGUCGAUGGCCGCCGCCAGGUCCACAUCCUCGAUUUCGACACUUCCCACGGGCUGCAAUGGCCGCCCCUGCUCCAAGCUAUAGCGGAGCGCUCCGACCCCAAAGAUCCCCCUUCCAUUCGCGUCACCGGCACCGGGAGCAACCUCGAAGUCCUCCGCCGCACUGGCGAUCGGCUUCAGACCUUCGCCGAUUCCUUGAACCUACACUUUCAGUUCCAUCCCCUCCUCCUCCCCUCCACCGCCAGCAACCCUCUCUCUAGCACCAGUGCCGACCUGACCUCUUCUUCCUUCCAACUCCACCCGGGCGAGAUCCUCGCGGUGAACUGCGUGCUGUUCUUGCACAAGCUACUGAAAGAUGGCGGCGGCAGUGACGGCUCCCAUGACCUACGGGCAUUUCUUCAAGCUGUUCGAGCGAUGAACCCGGCGGUGGUGACGGUGGCCGAGAGGGAGGCAAGCCACAACUCGCCCAUCUUCCUGCAGAGGUUCACGGAGGCACUGGACUACUACACGGCGGUGUUCGAGUCGCUGGAGGCGACGCUGCCACCGACCAGCCGGGAGCGGGUGGCGGUGGAGCAGGUGUGGCUUAGCAAAGAGAUCGAGGACGUCGUCAGCCGCGAGGGCGAUGGGAGGAGGGAGCGGCACGAGCGGUUCGAGUGGUGGGAGGCUCUGAUGCGCCGCGCCGGAUUCACCAAUCUGCCCCUCAGCCCCUUCGCGCUGUCGCAGGCCCGCCUCCUGCUCCGCCUGCACUACCCAUCCGAAGGGUAUCAGCUGCAGAUGGUGAGGGAUUCCUUCUUCUUGGGGUGGCAGAAGAAGUCCCUCUUCUCCGUCUCUUCUUGGCACUAGUGCAACAACCCUACCAUACCAAAGUGCUCAUAACCUGCUCAAUUAGCUCUCUCUUUCCCUCUCCCUCGUUCCGGUUGUCUGUGGAUCUAAGUAGGGUUUUUGUUCUUAAUUGUAAGACCUGAGUUGGAGAAGAGGGAGGGGAAGUGCAGUGCAGGUAAUAUAGGUUAGCAUAUACUCCUAUAUCAUCUUGGCUAGGAACCCUAACCCUAGUUUCUGCUCCUGUCUAUUGGAAGGAGGAGAAUGUGGAGGUGGUGCACGUUGCAUGGGAUUUCGGAAGCUGUGAGCCAAAAGAAAUGGUUAUAACCCUCACCAUUCCUCUCUCUCUCCCUCUCCCUCUCCCUCUCCCUCUCUCUCCUUGUACCCUUCUUCCUUCCCAAGGCAAAGCCCCACAUCCCUUUUCCUUGAGGCUCUUCCUUUUCCCUGUGUUGCUUAUGCUUAUAAACUAUAUCCAAGGUUGUUGCACCAUUAUAAUCUCCCUCACAUUUUUUUAUUUUAUUAUAAUGUAUGAUGAUCAUAGUGCUUCUUGUAGUCCUGCAAUGGAUUGCCCCCUUUGGGUUAUAGAAUUGUUUCCUGCCAUGAGAGGGGAAGUCACAGGCAUUGUGCUGGUGUGGUGUGUUUCUUUUGCAUAUUUUAUGCUCACAGAUGACUCACCCACACUCGCAUUAUUUCAUUGUUGCCUGCAUGCUUGCAUGACAUGGUUGCAUUAUUUCAUUAUCGAGCAUGUUUGAGUUACCACCACUAACUGCAAUCUAAUUCUAUGGGGAUAUGAGAGUGAUCAUGAAGUAGAAGACCCUUCUAUGCUGCAAAAGGCCACCCACUUUUGUGUUCAGAAUAGUUGUUGCUGCUGUCUUCUGCCUCCUGCAAGGGGUGUUUAGUUCUUGUUUCCUGUGCUGCUGUCCCAGACUAUUGUCUCUUGGGACUCAUUCCUGCGUUCCUACAACCUUAGAUCCUGCCUCAUGUCCCCUCAAACAAGCUUAUGGGUUUGCUCAAACCCAAGCUUUCUAUGGCAACUCUUGCCUCCUCCCUCCCUUGGGAUCCUGCAACCUGGUUUCCUAGCUCAGCCAUCAAUGUUUCCCCUACCUUCCAGUAAAUCUGUGUAACAUACACAGGAGCAGGCUAAGGUUAGAAUCAUCCGAUUGAUGAAACAGCACUCAUACUCUCAUUUCUAGCAUCAGCGCCACCAGGUCAAUCUUUUGAACCCUCUGUCUUAGACAUGAUGAUAAGUUGGCUUUAUGCUUUUCUUUUUUGUGAAACAACACUAGUGUGGUUGUGACAAAUGUGUGCUUUUGCAUCUCUUGAUCUAAUUCCUU